GUGUGUGAGUAGAGAGAGAGAGAGGAACACACAGAGAGAGAGAGAGAAUCAGCAGUGUGUGUGAGAGGUUGAAGGAUCACUUCUAUCCCGUCUUGUUUUGGGAGACUAACCUUGUUCAUCUGAGCAUUGUGGGACUGUUUUAUGUUGUUGUUGUCGAGAGAGACGGACCCUUACUCCAGCAUGCUCACUGAGCCUGAGCUACCUCAGGAGUGUAACAGGAUGUCUUCCAAGCGACCAGCCUCUCCAUAUGGGGGGACAGAUGGAGAGGUAACCAUGGCAACCAGCAGACAGCGAAUGGAGGAUGAGGAUAGCGAGGGACUGGGCCGUGUCAUCCACCUCCCCCUGGCAUCCUACUGCGGCAAGGUGUCCCCUCGCUCGCCCCCCAACCGUAACUUGGACAGCCCCCCCAACAUGGACCAGGACGGCACUAAGAGGAACUCUCUGAGUCCUUACACCCAGCACAAUGCUACCUCACCGGGCAAAGAGGAAGGCGGAGGCGGGGGGCGGCCCUGCAGUGACGGGGGCUCUGCCGCUGGCGCCCUGGGGACCCCCGAGAGGCGCAAGGGCAGCCUGGCGGAUGUGGUGGACACACUGAAGCAGCGCAAGAUGGAGGAGUUGAUCAAGAACGAGCCAGAAGAGGCCCCCAGCAUUGAGAGGCUGUUGUCAAAGGACUGGAAGGAUAAACUUUUGGCCAUGGGCUCAGGGCACAUCGGAGAAAUUAAAGGUACCCCGGACAGCCUGGCGGACAAAGAGCGCCAGCUUAUGGGCAUGAUCGGCCAGUUGAGCAGCCUGAGGGAGCAGCUCCUGGCGGCCCACGAGGAGCAGAAGAAGCUGGCCGCCUCGCAGAUGGAGAAGCAGAGGCAGCAGAUGGAGUUGGCCAAGCAGCAGCAAGACCAGAUUGCCCGGCAACAGCAGCAGCUCCUGCAGCAGCAACACAAAAUCAACCUCCUGCAGCAGCAAAUCCAGCAGGUCCAGGGUCAACUCCCUCCGCUGAUGAUUCCCGUCUUUCCUCCGGACCAGAGGACUCUGGCGGCGGCGGCGGCCCAGCAAGGCUUCCUCAUGCCCCCUGGCUUCAACUACAAGCCUGGCUGCAGUGACCCUUACCCUCUCCAGCUCAUCCCUACAACCAUGGCUGCUGCUGCUGCUGCUGCCACACCAGGCCUGGGACCCCUACAGCUCCAGCAGUUGUAUGCGGCUCAGCUGGCGGCCAUGCAGGUCUCCCCGGGGGCCAAGCACGGAGGCAGCCUGCCCCCUCAGGCCAACAUGGGCACACACUCCCCACCCACCAACACACACUCACAGAGCGAAAAGGCCCACAACUCCCCGCCACCAAACAAGACCAAGGACAGUGAGGGUGCACAGCCACUGAACCUGUCGGCCAAGCCUAAGACAUCCGAGAGCAAGUCACCCAACUCCCCCCCAACUUCCCCACAGGUCCCUGCUGCUGCUGGCGCCAAGCUGGGCCCCGCAGGCUCCAUGAAGCCCAGCAUCGCCCCCUCUAGCAUCGGAGGACCGCCGACCAGAGUCAGCUCAAUAGCAGACUUGUUGUCGUCGCUGUCCUCUGGCGCCUACCUGAACGACCACGAGGCGGUGAGCAAGGCCUUCAGCGAGGCCCGACAGAUGAAGGAGCAGCUGAAGAGAGAGCAGCAGGUGCUGGACGCCAAGGUGGCCGCCGUCAGCAACCUCGGCCUCAACAACGGACGCUCCGACAAGGACAAGGCCGCCUUGGAGAGUCUGAGUCAACUGAAGCAGCAUGCCGAGGACAAGUACAACCACGCCAUGCUGGACUUCGCCAUGAGUGGAGACUCUGACGGUUCUCCCAGCGUGUCAGACUCCAGAAUAUUCCGGGAGGCUCGGGGUCGCGGCAGCAGCGAGCCGCACAUCAAACGGCCGAUGAACGCCUUCAUGGUUUGGGCCAAGGAUGAGAGGAGAAAGAUUCUGCAGGCCUUCCCCGACAUGCACAACUCCAACAUCAGCAAGAUCCUCGGCUCACGCUGGAAAGCCAUGACCAACCUGGAGAAGCAGCCCUACUACGAGGAGCAGGCUCGCCUCAGCAAGCAGCAUCUGGAGAAAUACCCCGACUACAAGUACAAGCCGAGGCCCAAACGCACCUGCCUGGUGGACGGCAAGAAGCUGCGCAUCGGAGAGUACAAGGCCAUCAUGAGGUCCCGUAGACAGGAAAUGAGACAAUACUUCAGUGUGGGGCAGCAGGGUCAGUUGCCCCUGUCUUCAGCCGGCGUGGUCUACCCAGGUGCCCUGUCCAUGGCGGGGAUGCCCUCACCCCAGAUGCCCUCUGAGCACUCGAGCAUGUCCAGCAGCCCCGAGCCCACCGCCAACCACCACCAGACCCCCCACAUGGGCGGCCUGAAGGGGGACGAGCCUCGCAUCAAGGAGGAGGAGCUACGGCUGGACGACAGCAACGGCGACGUGUACGACGACUUCGACUACGAGGACGAAGAGGCAGAUUACGCCAGCGAUAACGAGAACCAUAUCACCCAAUAGGAAGGCGCGAGAGCCGCCUACUGGGUUUUUGUUUUGUUUUUUUAAAAGCCAAUCACAGCUGGUUAAUCCCACGAAAUCCCAAACUCACCAAUCAGGAAGAAAAACAACCUCUUUUUUUUUUGCCAAUCACCCUGAGUCCCUGAUCUCACAGAAAACCCCCCCCCCCGCCACCCCUUACUUUCCUUCCUGACUAACACGGACUCUGUUCUGAGAGCCAAAAUCCCUCCCCCACUGGAGUCCUGAUACCAGCAUCUGAUCAAUCAACUGAAGCACAGGACCUGUCACUCACACUGACUGUUACACAAACUGGAGUCUGGGAGGAGAGACGACUAAGCCAGCUCUGAAGCUCGCUGAGGAAUAUUCGAGUACUACUGCAAGAGUCUGAUACCGAGGCGAGUGUAAUGCCACGAGUGAGGAGAAAUUUCGGCGGAAAAAAAGAAAAGAAAAUCACACUCAGACAGCAACCUUUUAGACCCGUUUGUAGACAAGGAGACAUUUUCAAAUGAAAGACGCAACAGUGGACCUGUCAAAGGCGAACAGAUGACACUUUAAGAUGGCGGACCUGUUUAUUAUCAAGAGACACUUUUAAAAAACAACAAAAAAAAAACAGCUUUUUUUUUUUGUUUUGUUCUUGGUUCUAUAAUAUUCUCACUCAGGUACACGGUGCCAAUAAGUGGCUUGUGAAUGUGAUUUGUUGUUUUUGUGCUACAAGUUUGAAUAAUAAUAGAAAAAAAGAGACAUUUCUUUUUUUCCCCCUCCCCCUUUUGUUGUAAAGCACCUGAAAGACAUCAGACAUGUUUAUUUUUAACUAAAAGAUAUCUUUUUCUUCGACCUCGCAGUGUGCUGUCAGCGGUCCCACCCCCCACCCCCCACCCCCCAAAAUCCGCACCCCGUCCCCUUUAUUUUUUUCUCUGUGUUUUUGUGACUGCCUGCUCCCCACCCAGCUCUUACCCCCCCUUACAUUCUUAUUCAGAAUCCUAUGGGACGGUCCAGCCAGG